GUUGUGCCGGUUCGGGAAUCCUUCACUCCUGUCCCGCAUUCACCAUGGGCAGUGUUUCGGGUGGAAUGAGGUGCAUGAAGUAUCUGCUCUUUACAUUCAACCUCUUCUUCUGGCUGACUGGCACAGCAGUCUUCUCACUUGGUCUGUGGCUUCGCUUUGACUCUGAGACUACCACCAUAUUCAGUGGUGACCAUUGUCCUACAUCCUUCUACAUUGGAGUGUACACGCUGAUCGCCACUGGGGCCCUGAUGAUGCUGGUGGGGUUUCUUGGAUGUUGUGGAGCGGUGCACGAAUCUCAGUGUUUACUUGGAGCAUUCUUCGUGUGUCUACUGGUGAUUUUUGCAGCUGAGAUCACGGCUGGGGUCUGGGGCUUUUUGAACAAGCAUGAGAUUCUCCAAGAGAUGAACGUUUAUUACAGUAAGUCCCUGCACACUUAUCGAAUAACUGGAGCUGGGAACAGGACACUGCAUGCCAUUCACAAUGUGGCCCAAUCAGAGGAGUCUCAGCCUGGGAGCCUCGGCAAUCCCAGGCUGGAAACUGCAAGGGUUCCGCAACAUGGAGACUCCGUUGUUGGCUCACACAGCAGUGUAGAAAUGAAGAAGAUUGAAGCCAGCAUGUACGUAAUGGUGGGAAGAGAGACCCCUCCACUGGACUGCCAUUGGUCGAGAUUGUGCCCUUUUCUUCCCAUGGCCCUGUCAAUGGGGGAUUGCGGCUCCGGCUCCGAGAAGGUGUGA